GUAACAACAACAGUUUGGUAAUCAGAGAGUUUGUGCCUUUCUUUCUUUUAUUUAUUUAUUUAUUUAUUUUUUAAUCUCUCUUUCAGAGAGGUUGUUUUCAAUUAACAGUAAUAUCUGAUAAAAAAUAGACUCGUCCACUGCCUGCACGAAGUCUAAAGAACCUAAAUAUAUACGCACAAACCCCCUUCUCUUUCAACUACACUCCAUCUCUCUCUUCUCUCCUUUUCUCUCGUGACUGAGAAAUGGAGAAAACAAAAACCCUAAUUCAAGCAAGACACUAGUUUAACAAGAAUCAAAACCAGCUUUUUAUUUUUUAUUUUUAUUUUUUUUUAAGAUCCUUUGAAAAUUCGAACGACAUAAGCUAAAUGGAUACAAUCCCAGAAUUGGAUAGCUCCGACAACAACAGCAACGACAACGUCAUCAACACGACGGGAGCAACUAACAACAACAACACUGUUGCUUUAACAGCUUCUUCCUCUGCUUCGUCCUCAUCGUCUUCGUCUUCGAGCAGCAGCAGCAGCCGCUAUGAGAAUCAAAAGCGUCGCGAUUGGAAUACCUUCGGGCAGUACCUGAAAAACCACCGACCACCACUGUCCCUCUCCAGGUGUAGCGGAGCACAUGUUCUGGAAUUCCUGCGGUAUCUGGAUCAGUUCGGAAAAACCAAGGUUCACGCCCCAAUCUGCCCCUUUUAUGGCCAUCCAAGCCCUCCGGCCCCUUGUCCAUGUCCUCUUCGUCAAGCUUGGGGGAGCUUAGAUGCUCUAAUCGGCCGUCUCCGAGCUGCUUUCGAAGAGAACGGAGGCAAACCGGAAGCCAAUCCUUUCGGAGCUCGUGCUGUUAGGCUUUAUCUUCGCGAGGUUAGGGAUUUGCAGUCGAAAGCUAGAGGAAUUAGCUACGAGAAGAAGAAGAGGAAGCGUCCACCGCCUCAUCAACAGUUACCACCACCACCACCAUCAUCAUCAUCAGCACAUCUUCAGAUGCCACCCCCAGGUGCAACUCAAUAAAAACAAAAAAAAAAACAAAACAAACCACUAUUUUCUCAUCAGUCUGUUAGCUAUCACAAGAAUCUGAAACAAUUACUUUCUUUCUACUACAUGUUGUACUUUUUUGUUUUUAAUUUUAUAUUGAUGGUAGUUUUAGGGUUAGUUAAUUUUCUAUCUCAAGUUUGUUAUUUGCUUAUUUUAAAUUAAUAUCAUAGACUUGUUGGUGUA